UUGUAAACUAACUGGUGAUAAAUUCGUAGUACUCAGUACUCACAGUACUUAAAUUGUAUUGAUUGGAACAGAAUACAAAAUUUUAUAUCUUUUAAGUGAGGAAUCUGUAGGUGAAAUUGUACGCACAUCUUCCCGGGAUUCCAAAAAAUGUCAACAUGACAGCGAAAACACACGAAGCUCACAACAGAAGCGUUCUGACCAGAGCAAAAGCAGGAGAUUUACUGGAGUUUCCCCGUGGAUGGUACUCCCACUGGGCUGUCUAUUUAGGAAAUGAGGAAGUUGUACAUUUAGCCGGUGAUGAAAAUGACGGUAUCAAUGGUAACAUAAAAACACAGCAUGUAUUUACCAUUUGUGGGAAAACCUUCAACAAGGCAGUGGUCAAACGGGAGAAUUUCUGGGAGGUGGUUCUGGAUUCCAAGGCCGAAAUAAACAACAACAAAGACAGAAAAUGCAGACCACGUCCAGCACAUGAAAUUGUUGAAGAAGCUUUGAUGAAAAUUGGAAAGAUUGGCUACAAUGUACUGUGGAAUAACUGUGAGCAUUUUGCUGCCUACUGUAGAUACGGAGUGAACUGGUCAGAACAGGCCAACACGGCCUUGACCUGGAUGAUGGUCGGGGGAGCCAUGGUGAUGGUGGGAGGAUUAAUUAAGGAGUGGUUCAAUGGAAAGGAAGAGAAAAAGGAAAAGAAAACAGAGAGCGCUUGAUUACGUGUCAAUCUCCAGAAAUGUUAUGGACAUUAUUUAUUCGACACCUAGUGAUUUAUUUUUUGAAAUAUUUGUUAAAUAUAAAUAUUUUAUGUAUUUAAAGUAAGCUGUGAUUCAUUAAUUAUGAUACCGUUGAUUUCACUAGGUAUUACCUUUUAAAAUUUAUAUUUUUUGGUUUUGUUUGAAGUGCAAUACUAAUGGCUGCUCUUAAACUUCCUAUCAUAUAUUGAUUAGUCGCAAAAUAUCUCCUUCAUAUCAUAUUAUUAUAAUCAGUUGUAAAAUAUUAAAUCUUUAACAAAUAGUGCUAAAGAAAAAAUUGGAUUUGUUUUUUUUCUUUCCUUUUUUUUUUUGAUAGAUAAAUUAUGUUCGCCUUUAUUGAAUUU